AUGUCUGGUGCGAGGAACCUCUCAGCUGCCCUGCGCCGCACAAGACUCCCACGCCCCCGCAUUCUCGCCCGUCCUAUCCUCUCAACAUCACCAUGUGCGACCGCGACCGCAACCACCCUGCGAAGCUUCAGCGCUAGCUCCCUUCGCGCCGAUACAAAGCAAAUCAAAUACACAAGCGACGCUUACCCCAAUAUCAAGCGGGAUCCUAAAUUCGCUGAGAUCUCCACUGACGAUGUGAAGUUCUUCAAGGAGCUGCUGGGUUCCGAAUCCGCUGUCAUUGAUGGUGUUACGACCGAUGCGACCGAUGAUCUGGAGCCUUUUAACAGCGAUUGGAUGCGCAAGUACCGUGGUCAUACCCGUUUGGUUUUGAAGCCUGGUAGCACGGAGGAGGUUAGCAAGGUGUUGAAGUACUGCAAUGACCGCAAACUGGCUGUUGUGCCUCAGGGUGGAAAUACUGGUCUUGUCGGUGGUUCGGUGCCUGUAUUCGAUGAGAUUGUCGUCAAUACUUCUCGCAUGAACAAGAUUCGCUCUUUUGAUAAGGCUUCUGGAGUACUUGUUGCUGAUGCUGGUGUUAUUCUUGAGACUGCUGAUUCAUACCUUGCUGAGCGGGAGCAUCUUUUUCCCCUUGAUCUUGGCGCGAAGGGUUCCUGCCAUAUUGGAGGUAAUGUAUCUACCAAUGCGGGUGGCUUGCGUUUGCUCCGUUAUGGUAGUCUGCAUGGAACUGUGCUGGGUCUUGAGGCGGUCCUGCCGGACGGGACUAUUGUUGAGUCGCUCUCUACUCUGCGCAAGAACAACACCGGUUAUGAUCUGAAGCAGCUCUUCAUUGGUUCCGAGGGUACGAUUGGUCUUGUCACUGCUGUCUCUAUCAUUUGUCCUCCCCGUCCUAAGGCUGUAAAUGUUGCGUACUUUGGUCUCGAGAGCUUCGAGCAGGUGCAACAGGCUUAUCUGGCCGCGAAGGGACAGCUUUCCGAGAUUCUCUCUGCGUUUGAGCUGAUGGAUGGCCGGAGUCAGGGUCUUGUCAUUGAAUCUACUGGUAACAAGCACCCUCUUGAGGGAGAGUAUCCAUUCUACUGCUUGAUCGAGACUAGUGGAUCGAACUCUGAACACGAUAUGGCUAAGCUGGAGUCAUUCUUGGAGAAUGUCAUGGGCGAAGGUAUCGUUGCUGAUGGUGUUUUGGCUCAGGAUGAGACUCAGUUCCAGGCUCUUUGGCGCUGGCGCGAGGGUAUUACCGAGGCUUUGAGCCAUCUCGGCGGUACAUACAAGUAUGAUGUGUCUAUUCCGCUCUCUGAGCUGUAUCAGCUUGUUGAGGACUGCAAGGCUCGUCUGACAGAGAAGGGCUUUGUCGGAGAUGAUGAAUCCUUCCCUGUUCGUGCUGUUGUCGGUUAUGGGCACAUGGGUGACUCUAAUUUGCACUUGAAUGUCGCUGUUCGUCAAUACAACAAGGAGGUCGAGAAGGCUAUCGAGCCUUGGGUGUAUGAGUGGAUUCAGAAGCGUAAUGGAAGUAUUAGUGCUGAGCAUGGUAUGGGUGUUGCUAAGAAGGACUAUAUUGGCUACAGCCAGAAUGAGACUAUGGUCAAGUUGAUGAAGCAGUUGAAGGAUCUUUAUGACCCUAAUGGUAUCAUGAACCCUUACAAGUACAUCUAA